GUCAGAAUGACGUCAUUGUUGGGGAAUGUUAAAGAUGGCGCUGGGCGGUCAGAGGAAUGUUGCCGCAGCAACAAGCUGAAGGGAUUUAAUUAAUCUUCCGACCGGCACCGAGCUCCGCUCCCCUCCACGGAGUCAACACCUGCGGUUCUGAGCGCCGGCAUGAGCCCGGUAGGCCCGCCCAGACCCCGGUAACCCUGCGGCGUCUCCCCGGUUAAGAUGGUAGCCGGAUCCCCGGAGAACAACAGAAGCUGCUGCGGAGUUCGGCCCACCGAGCCGGAGGACCUCAGGGCCGGGGCCGGGGCGCCUGCGGCGGACUGAGGGCCCAUGGAAACGCCGAAGGAGGACGGAGGCUCGGUUUCUGUGGACCUGAACGAAAACGAAGACGGGCCGGCGGGUUCGGCGGAGAAAGCGGGGCGCAGGACCCAGAAGGAGCGCAGCGGGACGCCGCCGGCCGGCGCCAGCGGGGGUCAGGCGGCCCGCAGGACCCGGGAUCCGCUGGACCUGAACGGGAGGAAUGCCGCCAGGGACCCGGAGAUCAUGCUGCUGGCUGCGGAGGACGGGUACCCCUCCGGACCGCCGGUGCCGGAGCUUUACGGCGGUCUGAACGGAUUUCCCGAGCCGCCGCUGGACGCAGGAGAGGCGGGAGGAGGAGGAGGAGAACCGGCCGGGCUCCAGGUUCUGGUGUCUGCGGAGGAAGGAGAGCUCCAGGACCGCUCCGUGACUUCUCCUCCCCGCGAACAGCCCCCAUGUCCGGGGAGGCUGCAGGCGGGCCGCCCGGGGGUAAACAUGCCCAACGGCGGGGCGGACCUGCCGGUUCUGGACCAGAGACUGGACCGGUGGGACCUGGACGGACAGGGGGGGAAAGUGGCCAACGGCGGGGUCCACAUGUUGGGUUCCGGUUCUGAGUGGCCCGGUUCCGAUUACUUCCCUGCUAACAGAGACACUGAUCCGGGCUCCGGGCGGAACCGGCCUCCCAGCACGGCUGACCCCAUCCGGGACUCCCCCAGCCCAGAACCGAGGUCCGGUCCCCCGUCUCCCUGCCCCUCCAGUCCGCUGUGGGAGCCCAGCGCCCGGCAGGAGGACCAGGAGGCCCCCGGUGACCCCUGGGGGCCCGGUGACCCCUGGGGGCCCGGUGACCCCUGGGGGCCCGGCAGGCCGCAGAGCCUCCGGACCCAGCCCAGCGGCGCCGUGUCCCUCAGCUGUGACGCCACCCCGCUGUCCCCUGCAGAGGACGGGGGCUUUUACCUGGAGCCCCCGGCGGCGGUUCUGGAGGCCGGCCGCAGGCAGAGCGCCCCGGAUAAACUGGGCCAGGAGCCCGGGGGCCCGGAGCUCCACGUCAUGCCCAAGAGGUUCGGCAUCGCUGAGUUCUUCACCAGGAGCCUGUUUGCUAGGAAACCCAAAGAGUCCAAGGCAGCGUCCCACAAUGCAACGGGGUGGCGCCUCUUUACCAGGACAGACGCCAGAGAGGAGGAUGCCAGACCAGAGGCAGCGUGCUCAACGGCUCCUCAGCAGCAGGAGGACGAGCAGAAGGACUCGUGUCCACAGCGCCCCCCGGUGGCGGCAGCGAGGAGGAAGAACCUGGAGUUUGAGCCUCUGUCCACCACAGCCCUGAUCCUGGAGGACCGGCCGUCGAACCUGCCGGCCAAGUCUGAGGAGGAGACGCAGCGGCACAAGCAGGAGUACGAGGAGAUGGUGGCAGGAGCCAAGAGGAGAGAGAUGAAGGAAGCCCAGAAGAAGAAGCGUCAGAUGAAGGAGAGACACCGGCAGGAGGACAGCAUCUCCAGCGCCAUGGUGACCUGGAACAGCGAGAUCCUGCCGCACUGGGACUCCAUGAAGGGGACGAGGCGGGUCAGGGAGCUGUGGUGGCAGGGACUUCCCCCCGGGGUGCGAGGCCGGGUGUGGAGCCUGGCCAUCGGGAACGAGCUCAACAUCACGCCAGAGCUGUAUGAAAUCUUCCUGUCCAGAGCCAAGGAGAAGUGGAGGAGCUACAGCGAGACCAGCUCCGUCAACGACAACGAGAGCGACGGAGGAGCUUCGCUGGCCGACAGGGAGUCCAGUCUGGACCUCAUCAAGCUGGACAUCUCCAGAACCUUCCCGUCUCUCUUCAUCUUCCAGAAGGGCGGUCCGUACCACGACCUGCUGCACAGCGUGCUGGGAGCGUACACCUGCUACCGACCCGACAUCGGCUACGUCCAGGGGAUGUCGUUCAUUGCUGCGGUUCUGAUCCUGAACCUGGAGGAGGCCGAAGCCUUCAUCACCUUCGCCAACCUGCUGAACAAACCCUGCCAGAUGGCCUUCUUCAGAGUGGACCACGAUCUGAUGCUGAAGUACUUCACAGCCUUUGAGAUCUUCUUCGAGGAGAACCUGCCGCAGCUCUUCAGCCACUUCCAGACCAACAGCCUGACCCCUGACCUCUACCUGAUCGACUGGAUCUUCACGCUGUACAGCAAGUCGCUGCCUCUGGACGUGGCGUGCCGGGUGUGGGACGUGUUCUGCAGAGACGGCGAGGAGAGCCUGUUCCGGACCGGGCUGGGCAUCCUGCGGCUGUUCGAGGACGUCCUCAUGCAGAUGGACUUCAUCCACAUCGCUCAGUUCCUGACGCGCCUGCCCGACGACCUGCAGCCGCAGACGCUCUUUACGGCCAUGGCCAACACGCACAUGAUCAGCCGGAACCGCCGCUGGGCUCAGGUGUUCUCUGCCGUGAUGAAGGAUGGAAACGGGAAAGAGGCGGAGAAAGCCGGCAGCCCGGCCCUGAGGAGCUAACGCUGCGUUCCAACGCCGUGAAGCUGGACGCUGAAGCCAGAGACCCUUCUGUGGGGGAAACGACCCGCCAGAACCCGGGUCAUUGGAACCCACCCACAGUUUUCCUGCAGAGGAAUCUAUAGGUUCCUGGAUCUAUAGGUUCCUGGGUGUAUAGGUCCCUGGGUGUAUAGGUCCCUGGAUCUAUAGGUUGCUGGAUCUAUAAAUUCCUGGCUCCAUAGGUUCCUGGAUCUAUAGGUUCCCGAAUCUAUAAAUUCCUGGCUCUAUAGGUCUCUGGGUGUAUUGGUUCCUGGAUCUAUAGGUCCCUGGAUCUAUAGGUCCCUGGAUCUAUAGAUUCCUGGAUCUAUAGGUCCCUGGAUCUAUAGGUCCCUGGAUCUAUAGGUCCCUGGAUCUAUAGGUUCCUGGAUCUAUAAAUUCCUGGCUCUAUAGGUUCCUGGAUCUAUAGGUUCCCGAAUCUAUAAAUUCCUGGCUCUAUAGGUCCCUGGAUCUAUAGAUUCCUGGAUCUAUAGGUCCCUGGAUCUAUAGAUUCCUGAAUACAUAGGUCCCCGGAUCUAUAGGUUCCUGGAUUUAAAGGUUUCUGGAUCUAUAGAUACCUGAAUCUAUAGGUCCCUGGAUCCAUAAGUUCCUGGAUCUAUAGGUCCCUGGAUCCAUAUGUUCAUGGAUAUAUAGGUUCCUGGAUCUAUAGGUCUUUGGGUGUAUAGGUCCCUGGAUUUAUAGGUUCUGAGAUUCCUG